AUGACAACCUUUGUAUUUCGUCGAUCACGAAUCCGCUCUCGAUUUCGAUCUAUUUCUGGUGAUCAAAAGAAGGAAUGUCAUGGAUCAAUUCAGCUGUAUAAUAUUUCUCAGGUUCCGCCAUUCCUAAAAUUCAAUCCUCAUAUAUACAGCGGCUAUAGAGUGAAUUUAUCUUAUCAGUCUUGUCUCAAAAGUUUAUUCGUACUUUCGAAUGAAUCAAUCAAUAUUUGGAGUCAUUUUCUUGGCUUUUUCAUUUUCGUGUACUUACUUGUUUUCGAUAAUGUCUACGUAGUGCCAUGGACAUUGCAAAGUAUGCCAGAUCGUAUUGUAAUAUCUUCUGCAUGCCUUUUUUAUAUGUCCACAUUGCUGCUAAGUACCUUAUAUCAUCUAUUUCAUUGCCACUCCGAGAGAAUGAAUCAAUUGUGGCUAAAGAUGGAUAUUGGGGGCAUAGGUAUUGGAAUUAUCGGUGGAUUUGUAUCGGGGCUAUAUGUUGCUUACUAUUGCCAUCGCUACUGGUUACUAAUAUACGUCAUCGUAUCAACACUACUAAUAUCGACUUCUGUUUAUAAUUUAGCUUGCUCAGAUGCUAAAGGGAUUCAGUUUCAAAUCUCAAACUUAAAUUUUCGUAUGAAUAGGACCGUCGUUUUUGUUAUUAUUGUCGCAUUUUCAUUAGUUCCAAUAUUUCAUUUUAUCUACUUGCAUGACGGCAUAUCAUCCACAUUUGUUCGUCAAUUUACAAUUGGUGCAAGCUAUAUGCUAUUUUAUGGCUUAAUGGGCUGUUUAUUUCUUGUCACUAAAUUUCCUGAGCGUUUAUUUCCAGGUAAAUUCGAUUAUGUAGCUUCCAGCCAUCAGUUUUGGCAUCUAUUUGUAUUCCUGUUAUUUUACUCAUGGCAUCAAUCUUGCCUUGAUGCUGUUCAAUAUCGCAUAAAGAAUCAGUGUGAAAUUAUCUAA